AUGGAAUCUUUACGGAAUGACCAGGUUCUCCAGGGCUUCUCAGUGGACAAAGGAGAAUUCACGUGUCCUCUCUGCAGGCAGUUUGCUAACAGUGUCCUUCCUUGUUAUUCUGGAAGCAAUGUGAAAAAUAACCUUUGGCAACGUCCUAGUAACAAAAGCAUCCAAGAUCUCAUACAGGAAGUGGAGGAGCUGCAGGGACGGCCGGGAGCUUUCCCAUCAGAAAACAACUUAAGUAAAGAAAUGGAAUCUGUAAUGAAAGACAUCAAAAAUACCACUCAGAAGAAAUACAGAGACUAUAGCAAGACCCCAGGCUCACCAGACAAUGAUUUUCUCUUUAUGUAUUCUGUUGCUAGAACCAGUUUGGAACUUGAAUUAAUUCAUCAAGGAGGAAAUUUGUGCUCAGGUGGUGCAAGCACAGCUGGCAAAAGGUCUUGUUUAAAUCAGCUGUUCCAUGUAUUAGCCUUGCACAUGCGGCUCUAUAGUAUUGAUUCUGAAUAUAAUCCCUGGAGAAAGCUUACACAGUUAAGUUACUAG